CCAGAUCCGGCCAGUGGAGCUUCUCUGUUCAACUCCACACUAUGUUUCUUCUUCCGUCAGAAAAAUUCAAUGGCAUUCAAAAUUCGGGGUAUAUAUAGGACGUUCUUCCUCGAUCUAUUCACUUUAUUCCCCCCUCCUUCCCUGGUCCAAUCAUGGCUUCCUUAUCGGAAACACCUCAGUCUUCGUCACCAGCAGAGUCGAAAGUUAAUAUCAGAGCGACAAUAAAGAAUGGCGUCCCCACAUAUCUAAAUCUUUCUGGCGAUGCGCUCUUAAGGGCAAUAACAUUUACAUCAACUUGUGCAUUCUUACUCUUUGGCUACGACCAGGGUGUGAUGUCUGGAAUCAUCUCUGCGCCACAGUUCUUUCGGAUAUUCCCCGACCUCAAUCCGGAUGUAUCGGGAAGUGAUCAUUCGUCAACAAUGCAGGCUUUUUACACUGCCAUUUAUGAAGUCGGGUGUUUAGCUGGCGCAACUAUUGCUCUUCUAUUUGGUAACAAGCUUGGUCGACGACGCUGUAUUGCCAUAGGCGCUACCUUUGUGAUCAUUGGCACUAUCAUUCAGAUAACACCUAUCCCCGGGCAUAAAGCAGGACAUCAGUUCGUUAUUGGACGUAUUGUCACUGGUUUUGGAAACGGUUUGAAUACGGCUACUGUGCCUAGUUGGCAGGCUGAAUGUUCCAAAGCGCACAACCGUGGCUUGCACAUAUGUAUCGAGGCUUCUAUGAUCGCCACUGGUACUGUUGUCGCCUAUUGGAUUGAUUUUGGUCUCUCUUUUGUUGACAAUUCCCUCUCUUGGCGUCUCCCUAUCGGUCUCCAGAUCACCUUCGCUGUCUUGGUCCUCAUUGGUAUUUACCACCUACCCGAAUCACCUCGAUACCUUCUUUCCACGGGGCAAAUAGAGGAGGGUACCCACGUCGUCGCCGCUCUUGCUGCCCUACCGGUGGAAGACGAGGAGACUCAGCUACAGAAACGGUUGAUUAUUGAAGCUCUUCAGAAUGUUGGCGAGCUUCAAAUUAAGCACGUCCUGACUGGUGGUCCUUCGCAACAUCUACGCCGUACCCUCAUCGGCGCUUCCUCGCAGUUGUUCCAGCAGAUCGGUGGUUGUAAUGCAGUGAUUUAUUUUGCACCCGUCAUUUACGAGCAAUAUAUUGGUCUCGACCGGAGACUUGCUCUCAUUCUCGGCGGUGUUAAUAGUACUGUGUACGCUCUUUCAGCAUUCGGCUCAUAUCCAAUGAUCGAACGUCUUGGUCGUCGGAAAAUGUUCUUAUGGGGCACUGCCGGUCAGGCAUUGGCCAUGUUCCUUGCGUCCUUCUGUUUGAUUCCUGCGGACCUGCACGGUAACAAGGAAAGCGGAGCAAACAAGGGUGCCGUCGUUGGACUAUUUCUUUUCCUUAUCUCUUUCGGAUGCACAUGGCUUGAACUUCCUUGGCUUCUGCCCGCUGAGGUCAACCCAAAUGCUAUCCGGACGAAUGCCAAUGCUAUUUCUACCAUGACCAACUGGAGCUGGAAUUUCGCCGUUGUAAUGUGGACGCCCCCCUUGCUCAAUGCCAUCAAAGGUUUUGGAACCUUCAUGUUCUUCGGCGUGAUCAACCUCUGUUUCUUCCCCUUCAUCUACCUCUUUUACGUCGAGACUAAGGGCCGAUCCCUCGAAGAAAUCGACAUCAUCUUUGCCAAAGCGUACACAAACGGGGAGUGGUAUGUCAAGACCGGUCACGAAAUGCCAGCCUUGAGUGAGCAUGAAAUCGAACGGGCGGCUGUGGAGUAUGGACUCGCCAACGAUGUAGAGAAGCGAAGACACGAGUUUGAGCAUCCACCCUCAGUGCGGGAGGAGUAUGGGGCGGAUGAGAAGCAAACGGGACAGUAAUCGUCUCGCUUGGCGGGUGACGGGUCCAGAGAGCAUAGUGCAACAAUGUUUUGUGGAGGCUGCACCCUACCACGUUGUAUUCUACUCUUCCACCUCCCAUUCCCAAUUCCUACAAUUCAGCACACAUCGUGGGGAUAUAUAUUUUCAACUCCCGGCACGAUGUUUGGGGAUAAGAGACUGUAGGAGAGGCAUUGUAUCUGUAUAGUUGAGCAUGUCGCUAGCGGUGCAGCACACCGUACGAUUUUCCUCUUGCCAUUUACUUUCCCACCCAUCCUUCAUCAGACGACGCACUAGAUAUCAAGCCAUCAUGAUCUAGACGACCUUAUCUUCUUAUUUUCUGAUUACUUCCAACCAAAAUCAUGAUUACUUUGUACGUUAGAACUCAAUUUCUCAUAUAUACUUAAUUAUCCAUGUAACUACGUAGACAGUCAAGCAAUGUGAAAACAAGUAAGUCAAAUAACCACAACCAAAAA